AUGGACUUGGUAUACUCAAUAUUUCGAAAACAAGCUUGGAAAACACAAUUCCAAAAUGAACAGAUGGAGGAAGAUAUGUGUUUCAAAUGUCUGGCCAAGAUCUCUGCCAAUAAUAUCGUUGCCUGGGUAACCACAUUCGAUCUAGACGACCAUGUUAACAUAAACUGGGGUUCACACGUUUACAUAGCCGAUCUCAACGUGCCGUGGAAGUACCAUAAAAUCACAUCAAAUAAUUGUACUGUCACGACUCUAGAAUGGGAUAUGUAUGGAUAUUCACUGUUAAUCGGGGAUAAAAAUGGAGCUGUAUCAAUAUGGACUUGCAGUACCGACCACAACCUUACCAACUGGGUACAGGUUGGUUCUAAAGAUUUCCGAGGCGAACCUAUUAUAGCCGGCACGUUUUUCCAUUUGGGGAAAAAAUUAAUGCUUGUUAAUGAAAAAGCAGAUAAUAUUAACUAUUUUGAAAAAUUUAACUAUGUCAGGUUUACACCAUCUUUAAGAACAUGGGGUGGCACAGGAUUGCCAGGAUGUUUAGUUGUGUCUGCCACAGGUAUGAUUGCUGCUCUGUUAACUAAUGACAGUGGGGAGCCCAUGAUUUCAGCUACAAACAGUUUGGCUGUUGCUAGAUAUCGUAUAUCUGUUGUUGACAUCAGUUAUCGACAAAAUGGAAAUUUUUUGAUUGUCACAUCUGAUGGACGGCCACGAUCACCAAUACAUUGUUAUGAAGUCUCAAUAAAGCUUGUUAAUGAAAAAAGUUGUACUAUAGUAUCACAGUGGCUGCCUAGCUUUUUCUUAACAUUUAACGAAACAGUCGAUAGAGUUAUUUCGCAUGUGAAAUUUUUACUGCGAGAAGGUUCAGAAUCCCUUGUAAUUGGAAGUAAUAGCAGUAAUGGAUGUAUUAUAGAAACAUGGGAAUUAGUUAAAAAAACUAAUUCAAUUAAUAAAGUAUUUAAAAAAGUCAUUACUGAAGACCAUCCAACAGUGUGUUGGAUUAAAAAAAGCUCAUUUACUGUUGGAGCUCAAUUAACAGCAUUGGCUACACCCAAAAUGUCUAUAUCCUACAAUCAAUCUUCUUGCAGUCAAUAUGUAGUGGCUGCAUUUAGUAAUCAUCAAGUAUGCUGUUUAUCCAGAGAACUAACUCAACAAUGUUUGUUUGAAUUGAGCAGCUAUUGCGAAGAUAACAUUGGAAAAAUUGGCUUACAACAUAGUAGCAAUAUUCAAUUUUCAGACUUAGAUAUUUCUUACUUAGGAAAUGUGUUUGUUGUUUGCGAUAACAUGGGUAAUUUAUAUUUAUUUCAACUACUUUCUGUGGCAGAACUGAAUGGGCCGCUAACUGUCGCCUAUGCCACAUUACAACUUGAAUAUUGCUUGGUGACUGGUCUAGAUUGGUGGGAUUUGGCUAUAUCAUUAAGACCUAACAUGUUAGAGGCCGUGUGCAAUCGAUUUAGUGAAAACUUCCAAAAACAAUCUCAGGUACUUCAACAAAAAGAGUACACUACCUAUUUGAGUAUUCGUUCUUUUCUUUACAAAAUGAUGCCGGGAGCACAAGGAAAGCGUUCUGACCUUAUGCAUUUAAUGACGCUACAUUCCAUAUGUAAUGCAUUCAAAAAUGUUUUACGUGUCAGUGACAUCAUGGUUGAUCGGGAUCCAGCCGAGAAUAUAUCAAAUGCACUUAAAGAACCUAUUGUGGACAUAGACAAAAUUUUACCAAGUUUGGGUGGUAAGGAUUUUACUGUAGAACCUAGCACUCUUCAAUCACUCCAUCAACUCAUUCAAUGGGUAGCACAGCUUGCUUUAAAUGUAGUUUCCAGAAUACCAGAGCCACGGGACAAUGUUGGAUAUAACUUAUUAAAUGAUUUGUAUGCCAUAAAUUCAAUAAGAGAGCUAUUAUUAAUGAUUCGUAUAUGGGGUCUGUUGAGGCCUAAUUGUUUACCUGUCUUUAUUAAAAAUAUCGACAAUUUAGACGUUUUAUCAGUUACAUUCCGUUUACUUUCCCGAUUUGUUCAACUAGGUGGUGACCAUGAUGAAAUGUUGUUUGAUGAAUGCUAUACACUUCAAAGCCAGGUCAAUAUAACUCCACUUUCAUCAGUCGCAGCAGGAAUUCAUGAAGUUGCAUCUCCUGCUCUUUACUACCAACAUUUACCAUUGAAGUUGGUGUUUGGACAAGAACCGGAUUGUUUGAGAUAUAAUACAUCUUCCAUUGAUACAAUAACAAAUGGGAAACAACAUUCAGACUACAUGAAAGAUUACGAUGUUAUUAGAAAUGUAUACAUUGGUAAAUGUCCACUAACUGUGAAGCAGUGUAAUAGAUGUGAAGGUAAAAUGCAGUUGGUAGGAAAUUCGAGAACAGCAGCAAUUAGAGUGUGGGAAAAUAGGUGGGCAAGAAAUUGCAGAUGUGGUGGUAGGUGGAGGACAGUCAAGGUAGGUGGGCAGUAG